AUGUUCGGGAACGGGUACGACUCAGACAACAACAACAACAACAACAACGUAGGGCUCAGCCUGGACGACGUGUGCCUGCAGCACCUCUCGCAAGCGCAGCAAAUAGAGCCGAAUGAGGUGGAGACCUUCCCGGGGGGGGAGUUCGGCGGGAAGUGGUUCAACGACGUCAUACACGGACGCUUCUUCCUAGACCAAGUGGCCGUGGCCUUCAUCGACACCCCGCAGUUCCAGCGGCUGCGCAAGCUCAAGCAGCUCGGGACCGCGAACCUCGUCUUCCCCACCGCCGAGCACUCCCGCUUCAGCCCCUCGAUCGGCACGGGGUUCCUGGCCUGGCAGACGGUCAGUCGCCUCAACAGCUUCCACAAAACCACCAUCGCGGACAAGUUCGACGUCACGGCGGUGACGCUGGCGGGGCUGUGCCACGACCUCGGCCACGGCCCGUUCAGCCACGUGUUCGACAACGAGUUCCUGCCUCGCGCGCUCCCGCAAGACGCGCUGGACGCCCUGCAGUGGUCCCACGAGCGGAUGUCGGGCCUGCUCUUCGACCGCGCGUUCGACCUAGUCAAGGAUGAGCUGUCGCCAAACGUCAGCGAGAGCCUCGUGGACGGCGACCAGCGGCGGAUCGCGGACAUGAUCAUGGCGAACCGCCCCGAGCCGGGCACGCAGAGCUUCUCCAAGGCCUGGCUGUACGACAUCGUGGCGAACAAGCAAACCAGCAUCGACGUCGACAAGCUCGACUACAUCUCCCGGGACUCGUACUACACAGGUGUCAAGCACGACUACGACCACAAGCUCCUGCUGCAGCAGGCGCGCGUCGUCGAGGACGAGGACGGCCCCGAGAUCUGUUUCCGGUACUCGGCCGCGCACUCCCUGCACGACCUCUUCAUGACGCGGGCCAAGCUGCACCAGACGGUCUACACGCACCCCAAGGCCAAGGCGAUGGAGUUCAUGAUCGUGGACGCGCUGCUCGCCGCCAACAAGGCCCUCGGCAUCACGGACCGCGUGCGGGACCCGGACGACUACCUCCACCUGAACGACAGCAUCCUGGAGGUGAUCGAGAACCCGCUGUUCACGGCGCCGGGCGUCGACGACGACCCCCCGGACGCCGGCCUGCUCGAGGCACAGGACAUCCUGCGGCGGCUGCGCGUGCGCGAGAUAUACAGCUUCGUGGGCGAGGAGCAGAUCCCCGCCGCGAUGAACGAGGCGCUCGGGAAGGUCACGGCGGAGGAGAUCAUGGGCCACGUGGACACUGCCUCCGCGGGGAUCAAGCUCAAGGAGGUCAUCGUGCAGAACCACAAGAUCGACUUCGCGCUGCGGCACAAGAACCCGCUCGACAGCGUGUGGUACUACAAGACGUCGUACAGGAUGGACGCGCAUGGGCGGAGGACGGCGGAGAGCAAGCGCUACCACAUCCCCCCACGGCGCCUCUCGUCGAUGUACGACCCCCCCGUGGUCGAUCGGCGCGUGCGCGUGUUCUGCCGCUCCCGCGACCAGCGGAAGGUCAACGCGCUGCGCGAGGGUCUGACGCGCUGGGCGUCGACGGUGCUCCGCGGGCACUACAGUCCGCGCGCGGACAACGGCGGCGCGCGCCCCAGCGACCGGACGGACAUGGUGGAGCACCGGACGCCCAAGGACCUGCGGAAGCGCAGGCUGAGCGCCCGGUCCAGCGGGGGGCCCUCGGACCACGAAACCGCGACGAAGCGGUCGCUGCGUGGAGCGCUCGCCGACUAG